AGGCCACGCCCCUUUAUUAUAUGGAUAAAACGCUGAGCAGCAAAGAGUUAAAUUUUGAGCGGGUGCGUUAGGAUAGGGUCAGCCGGAGGUGGGCGGAGAUGUGUGCUUUUGCAGGACUGCAGCAGCUAAUGAUGUCAUCAGUGAAGGUGGAGUGUGCUGUGAAGGACAGUGCUCUGAUUGGUGAAGGGCCUGUAUGGGAGGAGUUUGAGCAAACGCUCCUCUUUGUUGAUAUUGCUGGACAUAAGAUCCAUCGCUGGAGUCCAGCAACUAAUCAUGUCCAGUCAAUGGAAACUGGUCACAUGGUCGGCUUUGCCGUGCCUCGGACUUCAGGUGGUUAUGUCGCAGGUGUGGGUCGCAGCAUCGUGGCUGUUGACUGGGCAACUCAGUCAAUAAGGCCAAUGGUGGAAGUUGAUGAAGACAAACCCAACAAUCGCCUGAAUGAUGGGAAGGUGGAUGUGACUGGACGCCUGCUUGCUGGUACCAUGGGGAUGGAGGAGCGUCCAGCAGUGGUACAGAGGAAGCAGGGGUCACUCUUCGCCCUGACCUCUGAUCUCACUGUCACCAAGCACUUUGACCAGGUGGACAUCUCAAAUGGAUUGGACUGGUCUCUCGAUCACAGGACAUUUUUCUACAUUGACAGUUUGUCUCUGACUGUCGAUGCCUUUGACUAUGACACAUCCACUGGACACAUGGAUAACCGCCGUGUGGUGUACUAUAUGGAGGAGGGGGAAGGACUUCCAGACGGCAUGACAGUCGAUGCCAAUGGGAGGCUCUGGGUUGCAUGUUAUAAUGGAGGGCAAGUCAUCAACAUUGACCCAACUACUGGUGUCAGGCUACAGACAAUUUCUCUGCCAGUGAUGAAGACCACCUCAUGCUGUUUUGGCGGUCCAGACUAUGCUGACCUCUACGUGACUUCAGCCAGCCUGGACUUGGACCAGUCAGAGAGGACACAGCAGCCAUUGGCUGGGUCUACGUUCAGGAUCACAGGUCUGGGGGUCAAAGGGCGUCCUUCCAACCCCUUCUCAGGCUGAUCGAGUUGGAGGACCGAGGAGUGAAAGUCAGCUGAUGACAUUCAAAUCACAGCAGAAACAUCAGAGAACAAUCAAUAUUUUGAUAUCUUUUUUUUUAAUUAACCUGUUCUUUGGCAUGUUGUUUUUGCUGUUGUAUUUAAUCCUCUGUAA